GAGGUUUUAAAUUGAGGCUGUCUUACAAGAGGGUCGCAGUUGAGGGUUUAUGAUUGGGAAUUCUUGAACCUGUGGUCUUCCAGUGGCUGAUGCAGUCGUUCGAUGUCUGUAUAGUUGUUUUGUUUGAUUUCAAUUGGAAACCCUGAGUUGAUUAUACGAAUAGAAAGUGCAGGCGUGUGUUGAUGUUAUAGAAAAUUUGCGGAUGCUAUGAUUUGGCGAAAUUGAGUUUCAAGCAUUGGAGGAUUAUAGAAGUUAAGUUCAGAGAUAUGACUUGGUGUAAAUUACUUUUAUACAGUGCAGGGUUACAGAAGUUGCAGACCUGUGUCCUCCAAGCGUUAGAUGGACUAUCAGAGUGAGAGUAAUUCGUAGAUGGGUUUUACCUGCCUUACCCAUUAAGGAUGUUGUUUCUUCUCUAGAGAUGGUGUUAAUGGACCAAUAUGGAGGAAAAAUUCAGGCCUCAUUGGGAAAUGUUAUGUAUCGCAAAUGGGCUCAUAAAUUUUCUGAGGGGAAUGUAUACGAGAUAAAUUUUUUUAUUGUAAUUGCUGCAAAGGGAUCAUAUCGUGCUACUAAUCAUGCAUAUAGGAUUCUUUUCAGCGGGAAAACAAAGGUUUUUCCAUGUGAUUGUAAUGUUAUACCAAAUUGGGGCCUAUCUUUGAAAAUGUCAACGGAAGUCUCUUCAAGUGAUGCUGAAACUGUGUAUUUAUGUGGUAUCAUUGGUUUGAUCAAUGUUGUGUCACCUGUUAGGGUUUGUAAGAAAGGUGUUGUAGAUCUGAAGAUAAUGGUGAUCCAGAUAUUGGAUGAGAUAGGUCAAGUUCCAAUUGUUUUGCUUGGCCAAUCUGCUGGUAUUGUAUCUGAGUACUUAUCGAACCACCCCAAUGAGAAGCCUGUUGUUGUUGUACAGUAUGCAAAGCUUAUUGAAUUUCAAGGGCAUAAGUUAUUGCAGACAUUAAUACCUGUGUCUCAGAUUUUCUUGAACCCUGACAUUGAGGAGGUUACAAUGUUUAGGACUAGGUUUUGUGGGAAUGUGUCUCAUUAUGGUGGACCUAUUUUGGAGUCAUUCGAUGCAGAUGAUUGUCAUGCGAGAUUUUAUGAUUUUGAAAUAAGAUAUCCGAAUAAGGAUUUCCAUUAUGUGGAUUGUGUGCCCUGUUUUUGUUUUUCUGUUGGAGAAUAUCAAGUUACUGAGUUAGAGCAGGAUGUGUUAAAAUGUGAAGAGGAAAGCUGUGAUGGUUAUCUCCGUGAAUGUGAAUUAUUUGAACUGACGGAAUCUCAUUUUGUGUCUGUUUUGUGGCGGCAGACAUUUUUUGAAAAUUGUUGUGAAGGAUUUCCAUGUGAAGAGUUUGAUGGUGUAGAAGAUGUGGCGCUUUAUUUUGAAAAGGAAGCAGUUGCAGGAGGAAUUUAAUGAUGCUCAAGAAUUUAAUAUGGGCCAGGGACUGAUUUUAAUGAUUUAUGAUUAAGGGGUAAUGAGUCGGUUAUGUUUUGUAUUAUAAUCCUAAAUGUAAGGAACAUCUUAUUGACGGAUUUUAAAUGGUUGUAGUAGAAGUUCAUUUGAGUACCAUUUUCUCCUGUUUUGACUACUUAGUAAUGAGGAUGGCAAGAAGGUUUUCUUGUGUUAUUUAGUUUCAA